CCUGGGUUAUGAUUUUUCCAAAGUAUUAAUCAUUCAUUGACUUUGUGUAGACUCUCGAGAUGCUUGAGAAGAACUGAAGAAGCAAAAAGUACUUCAAAACAAGGCUUCUGCUGAGGUUGAAAAAGUAUUCCAAUGAGCUAUAUUAAGCAUUGAUCAUGAUUCAUGGGCUCUAGAGUUUGGUUCAAGAAUAUAAUGAGCAAAAAGAAAGUGAGAGGUGACAAAUCACAAAUAUUGAAGGUGGUUCCUGUGCCAAAACUUUUACUCAAGGAGCUUUCGCUGCUACACCUUGCACGAUGGCAUGAAAAUAUGCUCUUCCAUCAUUUUCCAAUUUUUGCUAUGAAUUGGAAAGAAUCUUUUGCUUUGGUAGGAUGUGCAUCAGUGGAGCACAGAAAAAUAUAUCAAGUAUGGACAAUGGAAAAUGACGCGGUUGGGAAGGAAUCAUGGAGUAAGAAAUUCACCUUUGAACUAGAUAUUGAACCUGUUUUCAUUAGCUGUGUGAACGGAAUAUUUGUACCGAAAAAAGGAACGGGUGAACUGAUUUUAUAUGACGUUGAAACCAGAGAAAGCAAGACAAUUGAAAUUUUGCGAGUUGAUGCUAGGGUGAUUGGAGUUCACUACUACGUGGAGAGCUUACUCUCUAUCAAGAGGGUUAGUUGGGCCUCGCUGCUAUGCAAUGGGUUUUCUCUCGAUGAAGAGCUUAAAUCUGCUUGGAGAAGGCAUCUGCUUGCCUCCAAGCAGAUUUAUCCUUUAUGCGGCCAGGCAAAAGGAAUUUGUUAUUAG